AUGAGGACUGUUAGCAACACGGCCCUGUGGGCCCUUCUGCCGUUCGUUCUGCCUGCUGUGCAGGCUCUUCCUCAGGCUGCGCCUACCCCGUCGCCCACUGGGUCGCCCACCGCGACGGCUAGCCCGCCUGCUGUGACUGGCAACCCUUACGAGGGUGUCGACCUCUUCGUGAACCCUUACUACAAGUCUGAGGUGGAGGAGUCCGCUAUUCCGUCCAUGACUGGUCCGUUGGCGGAGCAGGCGAGCGCUGCGGCGAACGUCCCCUCGUUCUACUGGCUGGAUACGGCCGAUAAGGUCCCCAUCAUGGGCGAGUUCCUGGCGGACAUCAAGGCCCAGAAUGAUAAGGGUGCAAAGCCCCCGGUUGCGGGCCAGUUCGUUGUCUACGAUCUGCCGGACCGUGACUGCGCUGCUCUGGCCUCCAACGGCGAGUAUGCCAUCGAUGAUGGUGGUGUGGAGAAGUAUAAGGCGUAUAUCGACUCCAUCCGGGAGCUUCUCGAGGAAUACUCUGAUGUGAAGUCGAUCUUGAUCAUCGAGCCGGACAGCUUGGGCAACCUGAUCACCAACAUGGAUGUCCCCAAGUGCGCCAAUGCCGAGGAGGCGUAUCUGGAGUGCACUAACUAUGCCAUUACCGAGCUUAACCUUCCCAACGUGUCUAUGUAUCUCGACGCUGGUCACGCCGGAUGGCUGGGCUGGCCGGCCAACAUCGGCCCCGCCGCUGAGCUCUUUGGCAAGGUCUACAAGGACGCAAAGUCUCCCGCUUCCGUUCGCGGACUGGCGACCAACGUGGCCAACUUCAACGCCUUCUCCACUGAUAGCUGCCCGUCGUACACCUCCGAGAACGAGAUUUGUGACGAGAAGAGCUACGUCAACAACUUCGCUCCCGAGCUCAAGGCCAAUGGAUUCGACGCCCACUUCAUCGUUGACACUGGCCGCAACGGAAACCAGCCCACCGGCCAGAUUGAGUGGGGUGACUGGUGCAACGUCAAGGACACUGGCUUUGGCGAGCGCCCCACCACCGAGACUGGCGACGACCUUGUUGACGCCUUCGUCUGGGGAAAGCCCGGUGGAGAGAGCGAUGGUACCUCUGACGAGUCUGCCGAGCGCUAUGAUGCCCACUGUGGGCUUGAAGAUGCCCUCACCCCUGCUCCUGAGGCCGGCAAGUGGUUCCAGGCCUACUUCGAGCAGCUGGUGAAGAACGCCAACCCGCCCCUGUAA